AGAGCGCAAGUGUAAUGAGUUUGUGUAUCUUCAGUGUUUUUCUCUCUUGCGUGUUUCAUUGAGUGUAAACAGAGUCUUGUCUCUGUGUAUUUAAGUGUUGAGACGUUGAUGAUGAGAUGUGCUGUGCUGUAAAUGAGUAGGAACUGAUCUGUCCAUGCUGGAUAUAUUGUUGAUUUCAUCACAGAAAUCUCUCAGCUGAAGAAAGAGGUGGCGUUACUGGAGACAAUGCUGAGGUUAAGAGGAGAUUUAGAAAUGAAUCGAAAGGAUGUGGAUUGUUGUGAAUCUUCAGUGUAUGUGACUGAUGAUGUGAGUCUGGAUUCAGUGUGGAUGAGCAGAGAUCAGAGCCGCACACCACAGACACUGCUGGACUCUAAACUCUCUGAAGAGAAAUCCAGACACACACAGGACUCCGAUCUCAGUCUGACUUUACUCUGUUAUACUGAGUCAAAGCCCACAGACACUCAGGACACUACAGUGUGUGACAGUAAACAGAGCUUACAGGAGGAUCAAACCUCCACAGAGUCUCUGGAUUUUGUCUGUAACGCUGGAGAACAGCAGCAGAUCCUGCAGACCAAACUGAAGAUGUGUUCAGUUAAACUCAUCGACUGCAUGAACCUCAUGAUGAAGAUUAAAACCGAACCCACAGAAAUCAAAACUGAACCUAAAGAAAUCAAAACUGAACCUAAAGAAAUCAAAAGUCAACCUAAAGAAAUCAAAACUGAACCCACAGAAAUCAAAACUGAACCGACAGAAGAGGAAGAUCGCACUGAUGAAGAUGAUGAUUUUAUUCCAUCAGAUGUGAAGACUGAUUCAUGUUUGGAUAUAGAAAUAACGUCCUCAACAUCAAAAGAGCGACUGACAGCACAAACUCUUUCCUGCAUCACCUGUGGAAAGACAUUCAGCUCACAGAGACAUUUAGAGAGACAUGAGAGAAAACACACAGAACAGAAACUCUUCAACAGAUCUGAGAUCAGCUUUACUACCUUACAAGAGAAGAAACUUCAUUCAGAAGACCACAGAGAGAAGAAGAAGAAGAAGCAGUUUCACUGUGAGCAGUGUGGAAAGAUUUGUGUCUCUUCCUCUGAUCUAAAUGUUCACAUGAGGACACACAGUGAUGAAAAGCCUUUCAAGUGCACUGAAUGUGGAAAAUACUUCAGAACCAAAAAAAAUCUUAAAGUUCAUCAGAAAAUUCACACUGAAGAGAAACCUCAUCACUGUAGGUUCUGUGGGAAGAGUUUUAAUCAACAGACUUCAUUACUAAAUCACACGAGACUUCAUACAGGUGAAAAACCUUUCCAAUGCUCUCAGUGUGACAAGACGUUUGCUCAGUUAGCUUCCUUAAAAUCCCAUCAGAGACUUCAUACUGGAGAGAAACCUUAUCACUGUAGUCUCUGUGGAAAGAGUUUUGUUCAACAGGCAAGCUUAUAUAAGCACAAGAGAGGUCAUACAGGUGAAAAACCUUUCCAAUGCUCUCAGUGUGACAAGACGUUUGCUCAGUUAGCUUCCUUAACAUCCCAUCAGAGACUUCAUACUGGAGAGAAACCUUAUCACUGUAGUGUCUGUGGAAAGAGUUUCGGACAACAGGCUACAUUACUAAAUCACAAGAGAAUUCAUACAGGUGAAAAACCUUUCAAAUGCUCUCAGUGUGACAAGACGUUUACUUGUUUAACUAACUUAAAACACCAUCAGAGAGUUCACACUGGAGAGAAACCUCAUCACUGUAGUGUCUGUGGAAAGAGCUUCUCUAGGUCAACUCAAUUAAGAGAUCAUCAAAGAGUUCAUACUGGAGAAAAACCUUAUCACUGUAGUGUCUGUGGGAAGAGUUUUAGUGUAAGUGAUACUUUACUAAAGCACAAUAGAAUUCAUACAGGUGAAAAACCUUUCAAAUGCUCUCAGUGUGACAAGACGUUUGCUCAGUCAGGUCAUUUGAAAGCCCAUCAGAGAGUUCAUAGAGAGAAACCUUAACACUGUAAUGUUUUGGGGAAGAGUUAAUUAACAGUCAAACUUUGUAAAGCACCAGUGACCUUAAUAAGGUUAUGAAACCAAAAACUUGUAUAAAGUUUUAAAUAUUGUUAAAAGCAAGUUAAUAGUAAAAUAAGAGCAAAUAAUCAAAUUAUUAGCUGUUCAAAAGGCUCAAAGGUCCUAAAUAUCUCAGAUGCCUUAGACCAAUCAGGAAGCGCAACGUCAUCAGAGCGUCACAGAAAGGGGAAGAAACCGUGCUAAGAGAAAAAGCAGGUGCUGCACGUGAGAAACUUAUCGCGUGCAAACUAACUAAUCUAAGCUUAAUUUAAUCUAACUUUAAGUGUGUAUUGAGUUGCUGUGUGCGUACAUGGAAAAAAGCACACACACAAGUUGUAAUUCAACAAAGUCUUCAGUAAAGCAAGAAAACCUUUACUAUGUCCUGUAGUGCUUCUUUUCACAACUUAGCAUCUCAUUCAGUUCUGACCGACUGCCUGCUGCUUUCCGCACCUAUAACUAUUCACUACAUUCCGAUCCCUACAAUUAGCAAUAUCGCAGAUAAAUAGAACAGAACAAACAUACAAAUGAAAUAAAACUGCUGCUGCUCAUAGUUUCAGAUUGAUCUAACAGCACUUUAUUAUGGAGGACAAAAAAUGACUAGAAGGUCCCAUAUUUGAAAGUUUUAUUUUAGGUUAUGAUGUCAUAAAGGGAUAGUUCACACUGUUACGUUCCCAUGAAACGUAUAUCUUUUAUUGUUAAUCCUGUUUAUUGAUUUUAUAGUUGUUUUGUGUUUUGGGCUGUACCUUUUGUUAUUUGCCUGUCCUUUUCUCCUGUGACUCCUUUAGGAGGGAAGAAAAAGAGAGGGAGAGAGAGAGUAGUGCUGCGUCCAAAACCGCCUACUACAUACUAUAUAGUACGCGAAAAGCAGUAGGCGAGGCGAGUAGUAUGUCCGAAUACAUAGUAUUCGAAAAACAGUAUGCGAAAAGUACCCGGAUGACCUACUACUUCCGGUUAGAUUUUGCAGUGUGCAUACAAUGGACGCUUCACUAUCCCAUGAUGCCCUGGACGAGGAGUUAUCCAACGGAGAAGAAGAGGCACGCGGCUGUUUUCGCGCUGAAAUGACACGACGUGAUGACGACGUAUGUCACGUGAUGUAACAACAUGGCGGAUGUAGUAUGUCCGAAUCUCAUUCAUACUACCAGGAUUCAUACUAUACAGUACCUACUGUUUUAACGACAAGUAAGUAGGUACUUCAUCUAAUUCAGUACCUACUAUACAGUAUGCGGUUUCGGACGCAGCCCAUUAGAAUGCGUGCUCCUACGGCCUGAUUGCUCACACCACCUGCAGCUCAUUACAACACUACAAGCUUCCUUUAAAAGACUGUGCUUGCGACCGCGUAGGGGAGUGAGCUUGUUGGGGAGAGACUUGUGUUGCUAAUCCGUUGAUUUGAAUAUACCUGUUGAAAAGUUUUAAGCAACUCACAUUGUUAAGAGUUGCUGAGAGGCUAGUUGAAGCCUAGUGAACUUGUUUUUGUUACCUGAUUUAUCUCUCUGUUUACCCGGAAGCCUGUAGGGAGGUGGGGGCCCGCUUUUUACUUUUUGUAUUACAUUUUUCUCCUGUUUUUCCUUAGUUAGGGAGGCAGUGUAUUUUGUUGUCUUUGAUUUUACCUUUUGUCGUUAGUUUAGCAGAUUUAAUACCCCUAGGUAGAGGGCUUUAUGUUUGUUAUUUUGGGCUAAACCCCUCCUGAUGCUUUUUGUUUGCUUCCACUGUUCUUUUGUUACCCCUUCUUGACCUGAAACGAGCGAAGAGUCUGAAACUCCAAAUAAAACGCUCCUUUUUGUUUUCCAAAUGGUGGUUUUUUUCUUAAUUAUUUUGCUUUAACUCUUUCAUUUCUAAACUCAACUGUUACAUCAAAUAUCCCCUGGAUUUAAAGCCUAACACUAAGAACGUAACAACACAAAAAUGAAAUUUCUGUUAUUUUUACUCACUUUCAUGUUGUUACAAACCUGUAUAAAUUUAUUUGUUCUGAUGAGGGAAGAUAUUUUGAGAAAAGUUU